AUGAAUAAAUUUACUUUAAAAUUUGAUGAUAAAAUAUUAGAAGAAUAAUAUUAAAAAGUUAAACUGUCUAAAAUUAGAAAACCCAUUUAUUUGGGACUGUUGUUACUAUGUUUUUGCAUGAUGAGUUCAAAUGCCAUAUUAAGCUUGUUUACUUCACAAUAACAGACCGUAAAAACAUACAUCAAUUAUUCUUACCUAAUAUUUAUGGUCUUCUAAGCCCUAAUUGUAUACAAAAGACCUUAUCUAAUCAAAUACUUGUUGGUAUUAUCAAAUAUUGCCACAGGGUUGUUGCAAUUCAAUUUUAAUGAAUCAACCCCAGCCUAAAUAUACUAUGACUAAAGUUCUUCAUUUACUUAAUUACAAGCAGUCGCAUACUUCAUUUCUGAUUUCAAAGAUGGAGUAAUUCAAGUUUUAGCCUUGCUCUUUAUGCGAUUGAUGAUUACUUCAAUGAAAAUAGGAAAUGUAGAUUUGCAGACAAUUCUAAUAGGAAUUGCCUCUACCUCCUUUAUUCUCGUCACCCUCUACAUAAAUGACUAAAAUUCAAGAAAGGAAUUCUUAGGCAGCAUUUAAGAGGACUUAUGGGAUCAUUCCUUAGCCAUCCUCAUUAAAAAGCCUCAUUUCAGAGUUUAAUAUAAUAAGGAAUAUAUGAAGAUAGAUUUAGUUUCCUCCCACCAAUUAUGUGAAUUCCCAGGCUACGAUGAAAAUCUGUGCGAAGGAUGUAAUAGUAGAUAGAUGUUACAUUUAUAUUAAUACAAUAAAGUUAAUUUAUCUGAUUUUAUUCUAGAAUAGGCUUAGACAAUCUAAAAUUCAUUCAAAGUUCAAUACAAGCAUCACUCACUUUAAUUGAGAAUAGUUUGUGUUGGAAUAAAGAAUUUAAAUAUUGUUGUCAUUUAUGAAAAAUUAAGAGCAGAUGUAAGUGAAAAGAUAGUACCGGUUAAAUUGAGAAAUUUAAUUUUUCAAUAUAUUCAAUCUUAAUCUCAAAGAACGAUUUAUUAAAGGUUAUUUAAUCAAGGCUUAUUAUCAAUUUUGUUAAUUAAUAAAAUGAAAUUAAAAGAAGUGGAAAUUACCAAAAUGUUCAAAAAAUUGAAUAAAUAGUUUAAAUACACUAUGAAACCUCUUAAAAUACUACCUAAACAUGUCAAUUUUAAAUUUUACACUUAUUCUUCCUAAUUGAAAAUAUUUUUAGUUUAAAUCUUUCAAAUAUUUGAUUAAAUCUCGAAAAAGAGAAUAUCGAUACUAUUUCAAGAUUUAGAAGAUUGCAAUUUAAUGCAGAUUAAAUUUAAAUAAAGUUAAGAAAGAAAUCUGAACCUCUUAUUUCUUAGCUUUUAUAGUAAGAAUAUUUUUAUACAGCAAAUCAAACCACUCUUGUUGUUUAAUGAGCUAAAUUUAGAUUUGCAGAUACAAUUUAAAAAACACAUACCAUACUAACUAAUUUAUUGA